CACCAGUGGGCGUGGCUCCACCCUUCCCACCUCCGAGCCAUGGGGAGCCAGGGGCCCGGAGGGCUGCCCCUGGUACAGGCCCCCUACACAGUUCUGCUGCUGCCAUUAGGGACAAGCCGCCAAGACCCAGGGGCCCGGAGCUUCUUCCUCUGGCUGCAGAAGAUGCAGGCUCUGGAGAGGGAGCAGGACGCCCUGUGGCAGGGGCUGGAGCUGCUGGAGCACGGCCAGGCCUGGUUUGAGGGCCGUCUGAGGGAGGCACAGCAACAACAGCUGCAUCUGGGGGCUCUUGGUGAGAAUUUUCUAUCAGAUUUACACUCAGAGCCUGGUGGCCCCCAGUUAGCCCAGAUUCAAAAUAUGAACAUCUGUUUGCAGAAUCUGAUUCAGGAGAAGUUCUCCCCACAUCCCUUGAAUCAGGCUAGUUCCAGUGCCACCCAGGACUGGAAGGGAAGGCCAAGGAAGCAGACAGCAUGGCAGCAGCAGUUGUCAAGGCAGCAGAAAGGAGGCACUCAGCCCAAAGGGGAGACUGCUCAGCUGGGCUGCCCCAAUAUGCGGAGGGGCCCCACCCGUGUGUGAAGCCUCCUCUCGAUUUCCUCAGUUGGUGACAGGGGAGGCUGAGUCAGAACCCCCAGUCUCCUUAUCCUGCUUCUUGACUUAACAGAUAAAUGGCUCCAGGUGGUGGGCCAACUGAA